AUGGCCUCCGGUAGCUGCGCUUGUCACUAUAUCAGUUACACAGCCUCUACUCCCCCAACCUGCCUGGUCAACUGCCACUGCACAACUUGCCGCAAACAAGCCGGCGCACCCUAUCAAACCUGGGCAUUCUUCGCAACUGACGAUAUCCGAUGGCUUGUCAAUCCCAGAGAACGGCAGUCAACCAACGUUUCGAAGCGUACCUUCUGUCCUAAAUGCGGUUCGACUCUAAGUAUGCUCCAGCAUAGUGAUCUGAAGAGUAUCGCAAUCGCUGCGGGAACACUCAAUGAGGGGAAGACACAGAUCCCGCCGCCAAGUCAUCAUAUCUUUCUUAGUGAGAAGGCGUCUUGGUUUGAAUUACCGGAGGGAGAUGGUGCGAAGAGGUGGGAUAACUGGGGGGGAAUAUGA